AUGGCUGACACCAGUGAGCACCGCCUGACGGACGGCGUGUCUGUGGGGGCGAUCAAGGCCUUCCUCGCAGACCUGAAGAAGGAGUUCCCCGACACGUACACUGAGAUGACCACGGAGGAUGCCUGCAAGCAGCUCGUGGUGCCACGCACACAGCAGGACAACUGCGCCUACGUCGAGCAGCUGCGCAAGCAGUCACCACAUGAACAUGUGGGCAAGGCCACCGUGUUUGUGUCGCACGCGUGGCGAUACAAGAUCGCGGACGUGCUCAACGUCUUGCUUGAGUUUGCGGAGGAACAAAGAGUAAGGAAGGAAGACAGCAAGCCAGUCUUCUUCUGGUUUGACCUCUUCAUGAACAACCAAAACGCCAACAUUACCGCCAACCUCCCACAAGAGUGGUGGAGCACGACGUUCAAGGAGUCGAUUGCCAACAUUGGACGCGUGCUGCUGGUGUUGAUGCCGUGGCGGGACCCCGUGCCACUGACCCGGGCGUGGUGCCUGUGGGAGAUCUUCUGCGGCGUCAGCAACGAGGGCACGGAGGUCAGCAUCCGCUUACCCAAGAGCGAGGAGUCAGAGCUGGAGGCCGCCAUCCGUGAAAGCUCCAAGUCGGUGAUGGAUACGCUGGUGCUCGUACAAGCACAGCGCGCCGAAGCAUUCAACCCACGCGACAAGGACAUGAUCUUCGAGGCCAUUCAGAACGGCGUGGGCUUUGGUGCUCUCAACCAGGCCGUCAAGGACCAGCUGCGCGCCUGGUGCCUGAGCAAGAUGGUGGCUGCGGUGGAGGCCAUGCAGGCACGUGGAGAAGACAAGACCGAGGUGUUUGCGGGAUUGUGCAACCAUGUUGGCAUUGUGCUGAACGAGUUCAGUGAGCACGACCGGGCAAUUGCGUACUACCAGAGAGCCCUGGCAAUUUGGCUUCACACUGAAGGAGUGAAGGGGUUGAAUGUGGCUGCGGUGCACAACAACCUCGGUGUCGCCUAUAACAGCAAAGGCAAGCUCGACAAGGCGGUUCAGCACCACGAGCAGGCCCUUGCCAUCAACGUGGAGAUGCUGGGAGAGACGCACCCGAGCACAGCUGACACCUACAACAACCUUGGCAGUGGAUACUACUGCAAAGGCGAGUACGACAGGGCGAUUGCCUACUACAAGAAAGACCUCGCCAUUACUGUGGAGACGUUGGGGAAGACACACCCAAACACAGCUGCGUGCUACGGCAGCUUGGGCGGCGCCUAUUACAGCAAGGGCGACUACGACACGGCGAUUGAAUACUCUAAGAUGGCCAAUGAGGUGUUCGUGGAGGCGCUGGGCGAGAAGCACCCGCGCACAGCAGACACAUACAGUAGCAUGGGAAACGCGUACGCCGACAAACGCCAGUAUGACCUGGCCGUUGAUUGCUACGAGAAGAGCCUUGAAAUCAGAGUUGAAGUGCUGGGACAGCAGCACACGAAGACAGCAGACGUGCACAAUAAUUUGGGGGUUGUGUUCAAGAGCAAAGGCGAGUACGACAGGGCGAUUGCGUCCUAUGAGAAGGCGCUCGCCAUCCGAAUGGAGAUUCUGGGCGAACGCCACCCACACACAGCUGAUUCGUACAACAACAUCGGGCUCGCAUACGCCGACAAGGGGGAGUACGACAGAGCGAUUGCAUACUACACGAAGGCCCUCGAAAUCGGAGUUGAGGUGCUGGGCGAGAAGCAUCCGAGCAUCGCCGACUCGUACAACAACAUGGGGAAUGCACACGCCGGCAUUGGUGAGUGCGAUAGGGCGAUUGGCUGGUAUGAGAGGGCCCUCGCCAUCAAGGUGGAUAUGCUGGGUGAGAAGCAUCCGAGCACAGCUCAGACCUACAACAACGUGGCCGAAGCGUACCGCAACCAGGGUAAGUACGACACCGCGAUUGCGUAUCACGAGAAGAGCCUCGACAUCAAGGUGGCCUUGUUGGGCGAGAAACACCCGAGCACUGCAGACUCGUACAAUAAUAUGGGAAACGCAUACGCCGACAAGGGUGAGCACGACAUGGCGAUUGAUUGUUACGAGAAAGCCCUCGCCAUCAAGCUGGAGGUGCUGGGCGAGAAACAUCCGAGCACAACGAUGACGCGUGGGAACAUCGGCCUGCUGCACGAAAAACGCAGCAAUAAGGAGCGAGUCGACAGUGGCACGGCCGCAGUUGACUCAGCUUACCCCAACACACGCAAGGUGGCGCGCAAUCUGCGGCGCAUUCGCGGCGAUAGUGACGGUGGCGACAGCGAGCACGACAAUGGCGUUCAGCAACAAGACACCGGCAGUGAUCAAGUGCAAGCUUUGGCUGGUCAACAAGACGAAGCAGACGAAGCAGACGAGCGACAGGGGUGCUCUUCACAGCAGCCGCUUGUCGGGUGGUUGCAGAAACGUGGGCGACGGAGGGCCGCCUUCCGCCCAUGCUGGUGCAAGCUUGACGACAGCCACUUCGCGUACAGCAAGUCCGCAGCACGACCGCCAAAGCGACGCAUCUCCCUGUUGGAUGUACUGUCAGCUGAGCUCGCCCAAGACAACAGUGAGCUGCACGUUGCCGUUCCUGGGCGAACAUUCAUCUUUCGCUCGGACGACCGCUCUGACACCACGCUUGCCGAAUGGUGCAGGGCCAUCAACAACUGCCUGAACGAGUGA